GGCUCCUUCGCUUUUUGUUACCCUCGGUAGUGUAGUGAUCCUCCGGUAGGCAUGCGCGCGCUGCGGGCCGGCCUGACCCUGGCGCUGGGCGCGGGGCUGGGCGCCGCGGCAGAGCAUUGCUGGAGGCGGGAGGGCAAAGCGCCGGGGUUGCUGGGCCGAGUGCCAGUGUUGCCGGUGGUCGCCGCCGAUCUUCCCGCGCUUCCGGGAGGACCGGCGGGCGGCACCGGGGAGUUGGCCAAGUACGGGCUGCCCGGCGUGGCGCAGCUCCGGAGCCGCGAGUCCUAUGUGCUGAGCUACGACCCGCGCACGCGCGGUGCGCUCUGGGUAUUGGAGCAGCUGAGGCCAGAGCGGCUCCGUGGCGACGGAGACCGUCGCGCCUGCGACUUCCGCGAGGACGACUCUGUGCACGCGUACCACCGCGCCACCAAUGCGGACUACCGCGGCAGUGGCUUUGACCGCGGCCACUUGGCCGCCGCCGCCAAUCACCGCUGGAGUCAGCGGGCCAUGGACGACACCUUCUACCUGAGCAACGUAGCACCUCAGGUGCCACACCUCAACCAGAAUGCCUGGAACAAUCUUGAGAAGUACAGCCGCAGCUUGACUCGAACUUACCAAAAUGUCUAUGUCUGCACAGGGCCCCUUUUCCUGCCCAGGACCGAGGCUGAUGGGAAGUCCUAUGUGAAGUACCAGGUUAUUGGAAAGAACCACGUAGCAGUGCCCACACACUUCUUCAAGGUGCUGAUCCUGGAGGCAGCCAGUGGGCAGAUCGAGCUGCGUUCCUAUGUGAUGCCCAAUGCCCCUGUGGACGAGACUGUCCCCUUGGAGCGGUUCCUGGUGCCCAUCGAGAGCAUCGAGCGGGCCUCGGGAUUGCUCUUCGUGCCCAAUAUUCUGGCUCGAGCUGGAAACCUCAAGGCCAUUACUGCUGGCAGCAAGUGACGGUGGAGGACUCACUCGAGACCCUGGGGAGAUGGGGCUGGCUCACAUUAAAGGCAGUUAUUUUUGGAGAGAA